CUGCGCUGUAAACCAGACUUGGAGCCUCUUUUACUGUCUAUGCUUGGAGCUUGUAAUUCGACUGAAGAAAGAUACACGUGACAUAAAGAUGUCGUUUAUUAAAGAGGAGAGUGAAGACAUCAGGAUUGCAGAAGCGUUCAACAUCAAACAUGAAGAUACUGAGGAACAAAAAGAAAUUCAGCUGGAAUAUUCCCAUCCGUUUACAAGUGAAGACGAGCAUCAAAGCUUCAGGAAUAAAUCUGUAAAGACUGAGUUUAUUAACGAGGAAAGAGAGGAGAUGGGAGAUCCAGAACCCUGCAGAAUCAAACACACUGAACACACUGAAGAACUAACAGUGUUAAUUGAAGAAAAUGAGGACAAUGAAGAAUUAAGAGAAGUUGAGCACUUCAAAGUUGAGGGAAAAAAUCACUUUAAAACUGAAGAAGAACCUUUGAAGUGCUUUCAAAGCAAACAGUUCAUAUUAAAGAAAAUGAGAGCCGAGAAAUCUUUCACCUGUACUCAGUGUGGAAAGAGAUUGACAUGCAAAUAUAAUCUUGAUGUUCACAUGAGACUUCAUACCGGAGUGAAACCAUACAGGUGUUCACACUGUGAGAAGAGAUUCAGUCGAUCAGAUCACCUGAAAAGACAUGAGAUAAAUCACUUUGAAAAGAAACCAUACAAGUGUUCACACUGUGACAAGAGAUUCAGUCGGUCAGAUCGCCUAAAAAAACAUGAUAUAAUUCACUCUGGAGAGAAGCUACACAAGUGUUCACACUGUGACAAGAGAUUCAGUCAGUUAGAUCACCUAAAAAAACACGAGAUAAAACACUCUGGAGAGAAACCGUACACAUGUGAUCAGUGCGGGAAGAGUUUCUCACAAUCAGCAAAACUUAUGCAUCAUAUGAACAUCCACACUAGAGAGAAACCAUUCACUUGUGUUCAGUGCGGGAAGAGUUUCUCAAAAUCAUCAAAACUUAAGCAUCAUAUGAACAUCCACACUGGAGAGAAACCUUACACAUGUGAUCAGUGCGGGAAGAGUUUCUCACAAUCAUCAAAACUUAAGGAGCAUGUGAACAUCCACACUAGAGAGAAGCUGUAUUCAUGUGGUCACUGCGGAAAAACAUUUUUGUGGGCUACAAACCUGACUACACACCUAAAAGUUCAUUCUAAGGAGAAACCACAUUCGUGUUAUUUGUGUGGAAAGAGUUUUUCAUUAUUACAAAGUUUAAAAUUGCAUCAGAAAAUACAUUCUGGUGUGAGAGAGUACGUGUGCUAUGGGUGUGAGAAGACCUAUACUUCAGCGAAGUGUUUAAAAAAGCAUGAGAGGAUUCACACUGGAGAAAAACCUUACAAGUGUUCACACUGUGACAAGAGAUUCAGUGUUUCAUCAAGUCUGAAAACACAUGAAAGGAUCCACACUGGAGAAAAACCUUACAAGUGUUCAUACUGUGACAUGGGAUUCAGUAUGUCAUCAAGUCUGAAAACACAUGAAAGGAUUCACACUGGAGAGAAACCUUACAAGUGUUCACACUGUGACAAGACAUUCAGUCAGUCAGCAAAUCUGAAAAAACACGAGAGGAUCCACACUGGAGAGAAACCUUACAAGUGUUCACACUGUGACAUGAGAUUCAGUGUGUCAUCAAGUCUGAAAGCACAUGAAAGGAUUCACACUGGAGAGAAACCUUACAAGUGUUCACACUGUGAUAAGAGAUUCAAUCAUUCAGUAAGUCUGAAAACACAUGAGAAGAUCCACACUGGAGAGAAUCCAUUUAACUGAACUGUAUCUGGGACGUGUUUCAAUAAUUCAUCUUCUCUACACAGUAAUACAAAGAACAUUCACAGUAAGUAGAUCAUCUUCAGAUUCAGCACUUUCAGAUCUGAUUCGCUUCAUCAAAUGUUAUCAAACGAUAACACAUCAAGCGUUGAAAUAUCGUCUGAAUACAUCUGUUCUAACCAGACAUUACAAUUGACUUGACGAAGAAAUAUCAUCUAAAGUUUUCACAGUGAGUAAAAGUUGAUCUUCAAAAGUUGAUUCAACUGUGAGAUUAAGAUAAACUCAAAGAUGGAGUUCCUCCCCAAAGAACAAUGUCAAAAUGUUUUAUUCUUAUAUAUUGUUUUAUUUUUGUUUGACAUUUUAUUUCAUGAUAUAAAUGAUAUCAGUGUACUUUUCUUUCAAUUGUCUUAUAAUGCAUAUGUGUCACUUAUAGUUUGCUUUCUCUUUUAUUAAGGUAAGUAGAAGUUUUUACAAACCGUUCUUCUUCGAGGAGCUGUAGAAGAGACUGUAACACUUAAUAAAGACUGAGAUUGUAACUUUGUUCUUUACAGUUGUUUUUACAAAAUAACAGACAUAAUUAAAAUGUAACCUUUGAAUGAUUGUGUAAAUUACAUUAAUUUCAUGAUGCACACAAUUGAAACGCCCCUCCACCACCACCACCAAAAUUGUUAGUCAUGGAAUCCCUGAUGUCAUCCCGGGAACGGUUCUAAACGGUGCUAAAUAUCCUCAAACUAAAGCACAAAGAUCUGGCAAACUAUCCUAUCUGUUGUUGCAGCAUUGAGCAAUUUAGCCAAUUAAAGACUCAUUGUGCUCAUAAGUUUACAUACAUACUUGCAGAAUUUGCAAAUAUGUUAAUAAUUUUAAAGGGGUCAUAUGAUGCUAUUUCAACUUUUCCUUUACAAUCUCUUUGUGCAUAAAGAAGGUAUUUAAAGAUAAAUUGUUUAUCAAAGUUAACCGUCUGGAGUCGAUCCUCACGUAUAUGCGUGUUGAGGCAUCUUCUCCUGAUAACCCCAAAAAGAACUUAAAUUACGCUUUCAGUUUUGAUCGUACAGAUAAGAGCAAUACACAAAUCGAAUCUGUAAAGGGUCUACUUUUAUUU